CAACUUCACGGCGCUCAGACUUGCGCUAACAGUGCGCUGUGUUUAUCAACACAAUGUCGAAUUGGCGCUAAAACCCGACUGCGAAACAGCUGCUUCAGUUAUUGUUUGGCAAUGAAUUAUUUUCCAAAUUAUUAUUCAAUUGAGGACAUAUUUGUGACCCAAGAGAAGGUGGAGUGCAAGGUCAAUACACGUCUGCAGCGCAUGGGUUUUCUGGAUGCCGGUUCAGAGACGGAACAUUUGGAGCCGGGUCGCAAUAUCAAUUUGCCGCUGUGGUAUAUCAAGGAGCUAAAAGUCAAUAAUGCCUACUUUACCAUAGCUGUGCCUGAGAUCUAUAAGAACGUCCACAAGGCCGUUUGUGAGGCGGAGACGACACACAUCGAGCUGGGGCGGCUGCAUCCAUACUUCUAUGAGUUUGGUCGCUAUCUAACGCCAUACGAUCGCAAUCAUGUGAUCGGACGCAUCAUAUUCGAGACUUUGCGGCAGCGUGUACGCCAUCUACUAGACAUAUCCAAGAACGAUGUGGGCGCCAGCAAGCCGGAGCAUCGUCUGGACAGCAUUGAGAGUCGACUUCAUGAGGCUGGAGUGCGAACAAACACUUUGUACUUGAACUGGCUGCAAAUGAGCGGUAACAAUAUCCGGAUCUCGGAGCUGGUCGAAGAGCAUCAGAAGAAACGCAAACGCGCCGAGCGCAGUGAUGAUGAAGGAGGUGAUGAUGCUGGAGGUGAUUCACCGAGUCGAAAGAAACGCAGCACAAUGUGAACGAAGAAGGACGUAAAACAAAUAUAUAUAGUUUUUAUUUGAUGGCUCACACAUUUAUCAAUUUCUCAAUACUUAUGUAUUUAUGUAUAUAUAUAGUAUGUAUGUUUAAAAUCAAUUUGUCAUAAAAAGCAAAUACACCAUGUUCGUUGUGCCGUAGAUUUCCAAUAAUCCCAGCAGUCUUAUUAUAUGAUAUACAUAACGAUAAUAAUAAUCAGUAGACCCAAUCGACUCCUUAUCAAAUCAAAGAAAAUAUAAACAAAUGGUAUUUGUAAUACAAAAUUUUAAGCUAAUUAAUUCAAAAUUUUACGCCUGUUGCAUUCCGGGUUCUAUAUCGUAUACGCUUGUUAUCCUUGGCGUAACAAAUAAACGUAUCUACAUAUGGCAUGUAAUGCAUAUAAAAAGCCUUUUCUGCAUGCUUUUUCUGAUUCAGUUUGAAUUCCUCGAAUAACAAGCAGGAAUUUCUGGAAUAACCAAACCGAAGCAAACAAUUUUUUCUUCUUUUUUUUCAUUUUGAUUUUGUAUAAAGCAUAAACAAAUUUGUAUCAUUUCAUUUUGUUGUUCAACUUGUUUUCAUUUUUUUUUUUGGCUCUUUGUAAAUAUGUUUUUGAGUGUCUCACAUUUAGUUUACAUUAUACAUACAUAUAUAUAUAUAUAUCUUGGUAUAGGUAUAUAUAUUAGGUUGAGAUAUAUAGUAUAUAUAUAGAUUUUUAUAUUUCCCCUCUUGUUGCAGCAACGUGGAACAAUAAGCGCACCUAUCAAGGCAACAAUUUAAGCUUCGUUUUGUUUUUGUCAAAUAUAAUUUUUUGUUUGUUUUUUUUUUCUGGAGUCGUUUGCCGCAUCGAUCGAUGGUUUAUUUAACUACUUAUCUAAUACAUACAAUAAUACAUAAUAUUGUGUAUAUAUUGUUCAUAUACAUAUGUGUAUAUAUAUAUAUAGUAUAGUUAACUCAUUUGUGCUCAUUUAAAUUAUCUGUUUAAGCUCCAUUAGAAUACGAUGUAAGGCAAAAUUAAAAACAAUUCGUAAAUUAACGAUCAUAUAAAAAAAAUAAAAGGUAAAUCAAAAAAUAUACAUUAUAUAUUUGUUGUUGUUGUGCUUUUUUGAUCUGGAAAUGCAGGAAAUACAAUAAAGUAUCGACCUUAACAUUUAUUUCAGAGCUUAAGUCUGGGUUUCUGUGGUUUUUUGUUUUUGUUUUUGAUUUAAUUCAACAUUUUAGAGGGUUUGCCUUAUCACAUCUACUACAACAAUAUAUAUGUAUAUGUAUUUCCUCUUUUGUUUUUGGGAGCACAGAGUUGGAUGCUCUUGGAUGUUGGAUUAACAUGCAAAUAGUUUUAGUAUAACAUGUACAUACAAUGGAAUAGAAUAUAGUUUCCGGUUCUGUUUACUCUUCGGAACUGGGAGUUUUAUCGA